AUGGCUGGAGCUGGCAGGGGCGAGGGGAGAGGCCCAGGAGUGGGCAAACUGGAAUCGCAGAUCUAUUGUAUAAAAUACACACUGUUUUGCUUCAACGUCGUAUUGUGGAUAUUCGGUGUUUCAAUAUUCGCUCUUUGUCUUUGGAUCUGCAUUGAGCCUGGUUUCAAUGAAUGGAUGCGCAUUCUGGAGCUGCAGAAGUACUUCAUUGGUGUCUACAUUAUCCUCAUUGGUUCUCUGGUUAUCAUGGUCGUCGCCUUCCUCGGAUGCGGUGCAGCAUUGAUGGAAAAUGUCUUGCUACUAUAUGCGUACAUAGGAUCACAAAUAGCAACAUUUGUAUUAGGUCUAGUUGGAGCCUGUGUUGUUCUCGACUUUUCCACCUACGACUCGAGCAUUCAGCCUCUGAUCAGAGAUGUGACCAUGAGGCUGAUGAACAACCCACAACACGAGGGCAGUCGCGAAAUUCUCAGAAUGGUUCAGGAAGGAAUUGGUUGCUGUGGAGCUGACGGUCCCAUGGACUUUAUCAACAUGAACAAACCACUGCCCGCUGAAUGCCGAGACUCUGUCACUGGCAAUGCUUACUUCCACGGCUGCGUUGAUGAGCUCACCUGGUAUCUUGAAGGCAAGACUGGCUGGUUGGCUGGCAUUGUGCUGGCUUCCUGCAUGAUUGCUGUCGUGAAUGCCGUCAUGUCCCUGGUCCUCAUCCAAGCCGUCAAGAAGGAAGAAGACGAAGCAACGAUGUACAAAUAG